AUGUCUGGACAGCCCAUUUCAAAUACUCAACAGAAUAAAGGAGAAUUAUUGGAAGGCGAUUCCAAGUCAAAGGACGUUCGCAUGUCGAACAUUCUAGCUGCGAAAGCGGUGGCAGAUGCCGUGCGAACCUCGUUGGGACCGCGUGGUAUGGAUAAAAUGAUUCAGGCUGAGAAGGGAGAAGUUCUCAUCACGAAUGAUGGUGCCACGAUUUUAGGACAAAUCCAAGUGCUUCACCCCGCUGCUCGCAUGUUGGUCGAGCUUUCAAAGGCGCAGGACAUCGAGGCGGGAGACGGCACCACCACCGUCGUGGUUAUUGCGGGCGCUCUUCUGGAUGCCUGUACGAAGCUGCUCAACAAGGGCAUUCACUCCACCGUGAUCGCGGACUGCUUCCUGCGCUGCGCGGAGAAGGCCCAGGAGAUCCUUUCCUCGAUGGCGAUCCCUGUCUCUCUGGAAGACCGCGAAAGCCUCCUCCGCGCCGCGUCGACGUCGUUGUCGUCGAAAGUGGUGAGCAACAACUCGGCAGUGCUGGCCCCGAUCGCGGUGGACGCGGUGCUGCAAGUGAGCGACGUGGCUCGGAAGCAGGUGGAUCUGCGAAACAUCAAAAUCGUAAAGCAGCUGGGCGGCACGAUCGAUGACAGCCAGCUGAUCCGCGGCCUGGUGUUCCCGCGCGCGAGCGACACGAGCAUGCUGGGCGUGCGAAGCGUGAAGAACGCGAAGAUCGGGCUGAUCCAGUUCCACUUAUCGGCUCCGAAGACGGACAUCGAUAACAAAGUGAUCAUCAACGACUACACGCAGAUGGACCGGCUGCUGCGCGAGGAGCGCGCGUACAUCCUCAACAUGUGCAAGAAGAUCAAGCAGGCGGGGUGCAACGUGCUGCUGGUGCAGAAGUCGAUUCUCCGCGACGCGGUCAACGAGCUCUCGCUCCACUUCCUCAGCAAACUCAAAAUCCUCGUUCUCAGCAACAUCGAGCGCGACGACAUCGACUUCAUCGCACGCACGCUCCAUUGCCGCCCCAUCGCCCACAUCGACUCCUUCACUCCCGACAAACUCGGCCACGCCGACCUCGUCGAGGAGGUCGAGCUCGACGGCCGUCGCAUCACCCAAAUCACCGGCGUCCCCGCCUCCGACACCGUCAGCGUCCUGCUCCGCGGGUCCAACAACCUCGUGCUCGACGAGUCCGACCGCUCGCUGCAUGACGCGCUCUGCGUCGUGCGCUGCCUCGUCAAAAAGCCCUUCCUGCUCGUCGGAGGCGGAGCUCCCGAAUCGGAGGUGUUUGUGGAGUUCCAGAAAUGGGCGGGAUUUUUGGAAGGCGCGGAUCGAAUCAUCGCGAGGGCGUUCGCGGAGGCGUUGGAAGUGGUGCCGUACACCUUGGCGGAGAACGCGGGAAUGCACGCGAUUCAGCAGGUGACGGAGCUGAGGCAGCGCCAUGCGAUGGGAGAGAAGACGGCGGGAAUUGAUGUGAAGAGAGGGUGUAUCGGAGAUAUGAAGGAGGAAGGCGUGAUCCAGCCAUUGCUGGUGACGGCGAGUGCGAUUCAGCAGGCGACGGAGUAUGUGCACAUGAUGCUGAAGAUCGAUGAUAUGGUGGCUACCUUGAAGUAG